AUCUGUGACUCUGAACAAUACUUCCAAUCCAACCCUGGCACUAUGGUUCCUCUGCUGAUAGCGUCCAUUAUAUUGAGCUCCAUGCCCGGCAAAACGGUGAUCACGAGGGCGGCCACAGAUUGUGGGACUCAGAAGAAGGAUGUUCUCUUCCUUGUCCACCGUUCUCAAAGCAUGAACAUAUCUGAGUUUGCCUUCCUGAAACAGAUGCUGGUUGAUAUUGUCGAUACAUUCACUAUCAAUUCGGAUGAUAACGUCGUGGUUAGCAUUAUCACAUAUGAAACUGUAAUAAUGUCUUUACCGAGUGACAAGUCAAAAUUGAAGAAUGCCAUUUUGAAUAUGAAGCAUGGAUCGGAAAAACCACCGACGUCGGCAUCAGCGGCAAUUACAACGGCGAAAUAUACUAUUUUUGGACAUGGAGAUCGUCCUGAUGCGGCUAAUGUUGUUCUACUUAUCGCCGGUGAUCGACUGAAUGAAAUUGAGGAAUCUGUCUCGAACCGUGACGAUAUGGAAGUGGACAAGAAAGUAGAAUGGUUUUGUCUUGGAGUGAAGAAUGCGGAUGUUCAACAGUUGAAUCUUUUUGCAAGUAACUCGACACUGGACCACGUGUUCUACUCUGACAGUUACAACAUCUUGUGGAAGCUGGUUCCGAGACUUGCACAGAUCACAUGCGAUCCCUCUGACCGAUCUCCUAACACGGGUAUCGAUGGUACCUCGCAGGAUCCCAGGAAUAGUACCACGAAUCUUUACCACCGACAAUCCCAUCGGAUCAGUGGGUGUCCCGUCGCCAUGACAACCUAUGCAGAGUCAUCUAUUGCUUGUGGCGUUCAGUGCAGUUCGAGUGAAAGCUGUAUGGGUUUCAAUAUGGCGCUAAAGGCAGACAUCUUGAAUACAUGUCAGUUGGUGACAUGCGCAGUGACAUACAAUUUGACGGCAUCUGGAGAUCAUGACUUCUAUCAGCGAAUGUAGAGUCGGAACUUCUGUUCCCUAAAGUCGCGACAUUGUCGGCAUUUGUUUUUUGCUUUUUUUUGUCUUGUGAUGUUUGUGUUAGUGACAGUAAAAACGUAAAAUGACGUCGCUCUACUCUAAAUGUUAUUUGUGGUGUGACACAUUCAUUGUUUUGUCUAAUGAUGCUUUCAAGAAAGCGAACGAGCAACAACUUGUGGCAAAGAACUAACAGGUUAUGUCAUUUUCAAACAUUGUUCCCAGAAAUUAUAGAGGUGUUUAAGCAUUCGAAACACACCAGUGAAAUACGUCUUCGAGAUUUAUUAUUAUGUUUUUUCAAUUCAUAUUGGAAAAGGUCUAGAUCUACCGGUAUUGCGAGAUGAUUGGUUGAACACGUGACUUAAUUAGUACAGAACACACAGUUGUGUACGUUAUUAAUCUACCCACACGUUGAUGUAAAUGUUGAUGGUUUCAUGAUGAGAUUCAUUGGAACUUGGUGAAGCAUUGCUGAUUAACCGCCGUCAUAUAGCUGGAAUAUCGCUGAGUGCGGCGUUAAACAACCAACAAAACAAACAUUGCUGAAUAACGUGAGAUGUAUUUUAUGGGUUUUGUGAUGCCUCAAGUAACUGCAGUUUAAGAUGGUUGUUUAUAAGUG